ACCCUCAGAAACCCAGAGACCCAGAGGCCGAGACCCAAGAGGAGACCAUCAGUGAGGGGUGGAGAAACAGAAUCCCCACACGCCUAUGGGUCAUGCACGGGGCAGUGAUGUUUGGCAGGGAAUUCUGUUACGCCAUGGAGACAGCACUGGUCACACCCAUACUGUUACAGAUAGGCCUCCCUGAGCAGUACUACAGCCUCACCUGGUUCCUGAGCCCCGUCCUUGGCCUCAUCUUCACACCGCUUAUUGGCUCAGCAAGUGACCGCUGUACCCUGAGUUGGGGCCGCCGGCGGCCCUUCAUCCUCGUGCUGUGUGUGGGGGUCCUUAUCGGUGUUGCACUUUUCCUCAACGGCUCUGCCAUUGGUCUGGCGCUUGGCGAUGUUCCCAAUCGGCAGCCCAUUGGCAUUGUCCUCACGGUGCUGGGAGUAGUGGUCCUGGAUUUCAGUGCCGAUGCAACUGAGGGGCCCAUCCGUGCCUACCUGCUGGAUGUGGUAGACAGCGAGGAGCAAGAUAUGGCCCUCAACAUCCACGCCUUCUCUGCUGGCCUUGGUGGGGCCAUUGGCUAUGUGCUGGGUGGGCGGGACUGGACACAGACCUUCCUUGGUGACUGGUUCCGGACACAGAACCAGGUGCUGUUCUUCUUCGCUGCCAUCAUCUUUUCGGUGUCAGUGGCCCUGCAUCUCUUCAGCAUAGAAGAGGAACAGUAUAGCCCACAGCAGGACCGCAGUCCUGAAGAUACCACCCUGCCCGGCACCAGUGUCCAGCCUAGCGCCCCAGCCCCUGCUACCCGUCUCAGCUCCCUCGGUGGGGGUGUGCAGGAUGGCAGCCCCCCAUUCCCAGAUGAGGUGCAGUCAGAGCACGAGCUGUCCUUGGACUACCUCAAUGUGGACAUCGUGCGCAGCAAGAGUGACUCGGUGCUGCACAUGCCUGAUGCCACUCUGGACAUGGAGCCUGAACUGCUCUUCCUGCAUGACAUAGAGCCCUCCAUCUUCCAUGAUGCUUCCUAUCCCAGCACCCCCCGGAGCACCAGCCAGGAGCUCCUGAGGGCCAAGCUGCCCCGCCUGUCUACGUUCCUCAGGGAGUCCACCAAGGAGGACGACACCUUGCUUGAUAAUCACUUGAAUGAAGCUAAAGUCCCAAAUGGGAGAGGUUCCCCACCAAUGGAUUCACUCAGUAACCGCUCUAAAGUGGACUUGAAGCCUUCAGCCACGUCUGGUUCCAUGAGGCGGCGUAGGCACACGUUCCACAGACAGGCUUCUAGCACCUUCUCCUACUAUGGUAAGAUUGGGUCCCACUGCUACCGCUACCGCCGGGCCAAUGCAGUGGUCCUGAUCAAGCCAUCUCGAAGCAUGAGUGACCUAUAUGACCUGCAGCAGCGGCAGCGAUCCAGGCACCGCAACCAGAGCGGGGCCACUGCCUCCAGUGGGGACACAGAGAGCGAGGAGGGCGAGGCAGAGACUACUGUGCGCCUGCUGUGGCUGUCCAUGCUGAAGAUGCCCAAGGAACUGAUGCGGCUCUGCCUCUGCCACCUACUCACUUGGUUCUCCGUCAUCACAGAGGCUGUCUUCUAUACUGACUUCAUGGGUCGGGUUAUCUUCGAAGGGGACCCCCAGGCCUCCUCCAACUCUACCAAAUGGCACGACUACAAUGCCGGCGUGAAGAUGGGCUGCAGGGGCCUGGUCAUCUACGCUGCUACUGGUGCUAUCUGCUCAGCCUUGCUACAGAAGUACCUGGACAACUACGACCUGAGCAUCAGGAUCAUCUAUGUGUUGGGGACACUGGGCUUCUCCGUGGGCACCGCUGUGAUGGCCAUGUUUCCCAACGUCUAUGUGGCCAUGGUCACCAUCAGCACCAUGGGCAUCAUCUCCAUGAGCAUCUCCUACUGCCCCUAUGCCCUCCUAGGGCACUACCAUGACAUCAAGGAGUACGUCCACCACAGUCCAGGGAACUCCAAGCGUGGAUUUGGCAUUGACUGCGCCAUCCUCUCCUGCCAGGUCUACAUCUCCCAGAUCCUGGUUGCAUCUGCCCUUGGGGGCGUGGUCGACGCUGUAGGGACUGUCCAUGUCAUCCCUGUGGUGGCCUCAGUGGGCUCUUUCCUGGGCUUCCUGACAGCCACAUUCCUGGUGAUCUACCCUGAGGUGUCAGAGGAGGCCAAGGAGGAGCAGAAAGGCCUGUCUGCAGGGCCCGCUGGUGAAGGAGAGGGUGGAACAGGCAGUGAGAAGCCCACUGUGCUGAAGCUUUCUCGGAAGGGGGGCCCUCGGGGGCCGGUGGAGACAGAGUCCAUGGUGUGAGCCCCAGCUGGCACAUUCCACACUGGAGGGCAGGGUGGACUGGGGACUGUGCUUGCCGACACUGUGCGAGCUGGAGUUCCUUCCCAGGGCGCAGUUCAAGUUCAGUAGGUGUUAGGUGUAGGGUAGGUUUGAGCUAUUAGGCAAAAAUAUCACACUAAUUACCUUUCCCACAAUUGAAAAAAAUCAUUUGAAAUCUUUUUUUUUAUUGAAAAAACUUAAUUUCAGCUGUCUUUUAUUCUGCAGGUAUUCCAUUCUGCAUGUUUUAAAUUGUGAAACAUUCACAGCAUAGUCAAUAAGCAAUUUAGAAAAUGUAAAGGGUCUGCAUUCCUAAAAUAGUAAUUGAAAGUGCAGAAACUCCGACUCCCUUGGCAGGUGUCAUCUGAAGGCAGCAGACAGCAGUGUAGUGUUCAGAUUGCCCAGCAGGUGUCCUCGAGGGCUCCUCAGCAUCAUGCUGGCACUGCAGUGCCUUGGAGCAUUUUUCUCUGUUUAUUUUAGAAACGGUAUUUUCUUUUUCACAACUGUGGUAUUUUCUUUUUCACAACUGUGGUUUUCUUAGAACAGCAUCUCUAGUGAAUUGGGUCCACAGUCCUGUGCACAGCUGUCAGUGCCUGAGACCACACACCAAAGCUGGGGAAGGGUCCCGGAGCAGUUUGAGCAGAAGGCAGCCAUGCCCCAGGGUAGCCUCCAGACAUCCCGCCCAGGGACAGCACAGAUCAGGAGUGCUGAAUAUGAACUCACAGCAUGCCUCCUGUGUGCUUGUGUGUGAGUUUGUCUGUGUCCGGUCCUCCCCACAAGGUCCUCCCCAGAGGCGACCACAGGGCAGCUGUUGGCUCUUUGUGACACUUCACUUUGUCUCUGCACCUUUGAUCGGGAAUCCAGGCACAGAGCUCCAGGUGAGCACUAGCUCCUGAGUCCUGCUGCAAGGCUACCUCGAGAGUGUGGGGAACAGGGCACAUGAGGGUGCCGAGGCCUACCUCCCUGCCAUAUUGGUGACACUGGUCCUCGCUGGAACCUAACUGAAAAUCUUGUGACCUCAUCACCUGCUCCUGCUGAUGGCCACGGGAAUGGGAACGAAGGCAAAGAGAAGCAAGUGUCUGUCUGGGCAGGAGGGCUGGUGACCCAAGAGCCCGGCACAGUUUCCAAUUUCUGCACAUGAGCAAAACUCGGGCCUCAGGGAAGCAGGCUCCUCAGAUGCUGCAGCUGUGGGAAAAUACUUUUCAAACCACCAUCUCUGUUAAAAACUCCACAGUCGUGUCUCUUCGCUUAUGAAACAGUCAGUCUGCGCUCAGGAGAGGGGAGGGCCUCCCUGGAUGGUAACCAGAUGAAGUCAAACCCGUGCCCUUGCUGCCUGAUUGGUGUUUUUACACAAAGUACUUUACAGUGCAUGAGAAUCAUGCUGCAAUAUGAGCAUUCUAACGAAAAUAUAUAUCCAUAUAUAUUUCAAGAUGAAAGUAAGCCGUUUUUAAAUAAAUUACUUGAAUUUUCUGUGUAUUCAAAGAAAUACUGUGUUUAACAUUCUUGGCAGGCCUCUGUCUUGCCACAUUCCCACACUGGUGGCACUUUGUAAUUUGUAGUGUGUUUUGUGUCUGGGGAGCAAAGGUGUGUGCUCAGGGUACAUUUCACCUGCCUGGGUCCUCCCUCAAGCCUAGGCCUGCAGAGGAUGGGCUCCACCUUCCAGUGCUUUCUGUGUUGCCAGUUGAGAAUAGAAUUGCAAAUCUCCUUUUUGUAUGGGAGCAGUUGGACUACCAAGCACAGUCCCCACACUGAGCCCUCCAGCCAGCCAAGCCCCAUCAGUUGGGUGCUCUGUCCCUCUGGGAACACAAGCACCGCUGGACUCCUCUCUUCAGUGUCCUUGGCAAGUCGCUUCUGUGCAACUGUUUCCACUGGUUGUUUUAAGAGGGUAUCUCUCCCUCCUGAAAGUCCUGGUCCAUAAUAAGAACCAUAGCCUCUGUUUUCAUGUAUCCACCUGUCCACCUUGCCAUAGGAGAACAGAGGGAGGCAGGAGUGCUGAGUACACUAAGUGGGCAAAACCUGGAAUCCUCAUACCGAGUGUGGUUCUUAGGAGACUGUGUGCUGCCCAGAGCACCCACCCACCCAGAGGCUCAGGCCACACUUACUGACACUGGAUGUGGGAGCAGAGACCAGACCCACAGGAGGGAGAGACAGAGGACCGCCCCAUGCAGUCUGCUAGCCUCCACUCACCAUGAUCUGAAGAUAACACAAGGACACCUUGUGGUCAUGGUACAGGCCUUGGCAGAGCCACUGGUAAAAUAUUGACACCCUGGAAGAAUAGUCAGCUAGAAGUGGGACUGUUGCUGUCAGAUCAGGCUACAUAUUGGUUGUUUUAAAGACCUGAAGCUAUUAGAUGCUUGCAUCAAAAGCCUGCUGUCUGUGAGUCUGGCCAGGGUGCAGGGCCUUAGGCUGAGACCCAAGGGUAGCAGCAGGGUUGUUGUCUGGGCUUCCUUGCAGAUAAAGUGAGCUAUGGGCCUCAAGGUGGAUGUGUCUAAUCAGGGGUAGAACAAUAGCCAGACCCUUUUGCCUAGUCCUUCCCUCUCUGGGAGGUUAUUCUAGAUGACACCAAUGGGUAACUGUCAGGGACACUGCAUGUGUGUUAAAGAAGCCAAGGGAGGAGGGCUGACAUUACAGUGUGACACCAAAGUCUGUAUUGCUCAGACAAACCCAGGCAUUUCUGUUUUCAGACCUGGCUGUCAACCCAGCACCCAGAGGUAGUGAGAUCCCAGAGAGUGCCUGAGUAGCUCUUCUGUGAGAGGAAAGGUGCUUUGAUCAUCUGAACCUAGGGGACUGGCAAGGUCAAGCUGAUGUCCACUUGUGGCCAAUGCUGAGGAUGCAACAUGGAGUUAGCUUUGUAGCGCCUUGAGGCCUGGGCUACAUGCAAAUGCCAUAUAGUAAUUCACUGGUCCAAGGCUAUAGAAUGCAUACAGGUUACUAAUAGAAGGGAGUGAUGAUGGUCUGAAUCCUGCUUUGUUGCCUGUGAAAGUCAACUACAACAGUUAUUUUAGGAGAUGCCUCUUAAGAUGUAUGGUCCAAGUUUGCCCGUGCAAGAGUAUGAGCUGGUAGGAAGGGGUCCACAGCCUACUUUUGGCUGGGAGCAGAAUAGCAUGGUGGCACUCCCCAGUAUCUGAAAAGCUGUCUAUGGGACAUUGUUCCUAGCCUAAGGUCUUAGCUGGAUAUCCAGUCCCACUGACUGGUCUGCAGCCCUCAGACUGCCAUAUUCUUGAGAUCCUCGGGGCCCUGUGAGGGCAGGUUUGGGAAAAGUUAGGAGGGAGAGCACAAGACCUUGUUGGUAGCCUCCUGAAAUGGUUAGGAUUUCAUAGAAAGUGCUGUGACUCCUCCAGCAGUAGCAGCAGCAGCCAGGGUGCCCAUUGUCUUAUCUCCCUGGUGCCACUGGCUUGUGCAACCCUGGAGUGGAUGGCUCCCUUUGUUUGUGGUUGGUGGUCGGUUGCAGCAGCCAUGGCCACAUUUGCCACAGGUCAGUGUUGUGAAACACCAUGUACUGAGACUGGACAUUCAUCAACUUCACAUGCACCAGAUGCCAUGACUCCCCAGCUGUCUGCUUCUACCUGAGCCUCUCUUCAGCUACCAAACAACACCCGGAGUGCGCAGGUGAAGCCACAGGUGGGUGGUCCUCCAACGGCUAUCACCAGAAAUGGGCUUACCCCUGUGCAUGUAAGCUAGAAGGCAGUGCUUCCGAGAGUGCCUGGGGACUGCCCAGCAUAGCAGCCUUGCCAUCAGUUUUAUUCCAGAUUGAACUGACUCUUAAAUGUGGCAAGCAGGAGAUAAUGCACUCAGCAGCUCUUGUCACCACCUUGUGAAAAGCCAACAUCACCCUCAUGGCUAAAGCCUGAGGUGGCAACCCUUGAGCCGCCAGGAGAGCUAAGCAUCCUCUGGGAGCCCCACCUGUGCCCCCUACCCAAAGGUCCUUUGCUGUUAUAUGUAGCAGGAAGCACAGUUGUUGGAAAGGCCUCGGCACAGGGGCACUCCCCAGGCACCUCGGAACAAAACUAUUUAGUUCCUUUGUGAACUGGAAACAGGACAACUGUUAUCAACUUAUUAAGUUGGAGCACUGUAAUAGCUCUUGCUGAUUUUAGCAAUGGUGAAAUGUGUGUUAAACACAUGAUGUUAUAUUUUAUGAGGAAACAUAAGAGUUCUAUCACACAUGGUUUUGUUUUUCAUUAGGGUGGAUGUUUAGUCUGCUGUCCAGAGUCCAGGGGCUUUGUCUGUUCUUUGUCACAUGCUGGGCCAGUGGUCCCUGUACACAGUUCAGUGUAUAUGGCCUGACUUCUUCCUGCCAGGCUAGUGCCUCGCCUGCCUCUAUUGCUCUGUUAUGCUGUGGUUGACUCAAUAAACAUUAUCAUUGCAGGUGA